AAUCCUCCUCUCUCGGUCCGCGUUUCCUCGCCUAAGAUGGCGCUGCCCGCGGUACAUUCUUGGCCCUGGGCAGCCGCGGCCGCCGCUUUCGAAAAGCACAAGCGUUCAGCAGUUCUGACCCGGCCUCUAGUCUCUGUCUGCGGCUCGGGCUCACGGUGGAGAUCGCACCAGCGCGGAGCGUCAGGAAGUCCUCGAAGAUACCAGACUACACUGUCAUUAAGAAAUACUACAUGGCAGAGAUGGGGAAAAGACAAUUCAAGACAAUUACUGGACGCAACAAAGGCUCUCCAGGCAUGGCCAUUGAUAGAAAAGAGAACAUGUUGGCAUGGGCACGCAGGAGGAGGACUCCACACUGACCCAAAAGAAGGGUUAAAAGACAUUGAUACCAGAAAAAUCAUUAAAGCAAUGCUUUCUUAUGUGUGGCCCAAAGACAGGCCAGAUCUACGAGCGAGAGUUGCCAUCUCUCUGGGAUUUUUGGCUGGUGCAAAGGCCAUGAAUAUUGUGGUUCCUUUCAUGUUUAAAUAUGCUGUAGACAGCCUCAACCAGAUGUCGGGAAACAUGCUGAACCUGAGUGAUGCACCAAAUACAGUUGCAACCAUGGCAACAGCAGUUCUGAUUGGCUACGGUGUAUCAAGAGCUGGAGCUGCCUUUUUCAAUGAAGUUCGAAAUGCAGUAUUUGGCAAAGUAGCCCAAAAUUCAAUCCGAAGAAUAGCCAAAAAUGUAUUUCUCCAUCUUCACAGCUUGGAUCUGGGUUUCCAUCUGAGCAGACAGACAGGAGCUUUAUCUAAGGCUAUCGACAGGGGCACAAGGGGUAUUAGUUUUGUCCUCAGUGCUCUAGUAUUUAAUCUUCUUCCUAUUGUGUUUGAGAUGACGCUUGUCAGUAGUAUUUUGUAUUACAAAUGUGGCGCCCAGUUUGCCUUGGUAACCCUAGGAACACUUGGUGCAUAUACAGCAUUCACAGUUGCGGUUACACGGUGGAGAACUAAAUUUAGAAUAGAAAUGAACAAAGCAGAUAAUGAUGCAGGUAAUGCUGCUAUUGACUCACUGCUGAAUUACGAAACUGUGAAGUAUUUUAAUAAUGAAAAAUAUGAAGCACAGAGAUAUGAUGGAUUUUUGAAGACCUACGAGACUGCUUCAUUGAAAAGUACCUCUACUCUGGCUAUGCUGAACUUUGGCCAAAGUGCUAUUUUCAGUGUCGGAUUAACAGCUAUAAUGGUGCUUGCCAGUCAGGGAAUUGUGGCAGGUGUCCUUACUGUUGGAGAUCUAGUAAUGGUGAAUGGACUGCUUUUUCAACUUUCAUUACCCCUUAACUUCCUGGGAACUGUAUAUAGAGAGACAAGACAAGCACUCAUAGAUAUGAACACCUUGUUUACCCUGCUCAAAGUAGACACACGGAUAAAAGACAAAGUGAUGGCAUCUCCCCUUAAAAUAACACCACAGACAGCCACAGUAGCCUUUGAUAAUGUGCAUUUUGAAUACAUUGAAGGACAGAAAGUCCUUGAUGGAGUAUCUUUUGAAGUUCCUGCAGGACAGAAAGUAGCCAUUGUAGGAGGUAGUGGAUCAGGGAAAAGCACAAUAGUGAGGCUGCUGUUUCGCUUCUAUGAGCCUCAAAAGGGAAGCAUUUACCUUGCUGGUCAAAAUAUACAAGAUGUGAGCCUGGAAAGUCUUCGGAGGGCAGUUGGAGUAGUACCUCAGGAUGCCGUCCUUUUCCAUAACACUAUCUACUAUAACCUCUUAUAUGGGAACAUUAAAGCUUCACCAGAAGAAGUAUAUUCAGUAGCAAAAUUAGCUGGUCUUCACGAAGCAAUUCUUCGAAUGCCACAUGGAUAUGACACACAAGUAGGGGAACGAGGACUCAAGCUAUCAGGAGGAGAAAAGCAGAGAGUAGCAAUUGCAAGAGCCAUUCUGAAGGACCCCCCAGUUAUUCUGUAUGAUGAAGCUACUUCAUCACUAGAUUCCAUUACUGAAGAGACUAUUCUUAGUGCCAUGAGGGACGUGGUCAGGCACCGAACUUCUAUUUUCAUUGCACACAGACUGUCCACCGUGGUUGAUGCAGAUGAAAUCAUUGUCCUGAGCCAGGGGAAGAUAGCUGAGCGUGGUACUCACCUUAGUCUUCUUGCUAACUCUAGCAGUCUCUAUUCAGAGAUGUGGCAUACACAAAGCAGCCGUGUGCAGAACCAUGAUAGCCGUGGAUGGGAUACAAAGAAAGACAGUCUCUCCAAGGAGGAGGAAAGGAAGAAGCUCCAAGAAGAAAUUGUCAACAGUGUAAAAGGCUGUGGGAAUUGUUCCUGCUAAGGAAUACAAGACAUCUUCUCGUCGUUCUUUGUGUUGUCAUGUUUGGUUUUGGAAUAUACAUUUGCACUGAAGCAAAACCUGUUCAUAAAAACAUCCAUCAUACAUUCCCAUUCCUUUAAUACUAUUAAAUAAAACUUACUUAAAGGAGGGUUUGACUUUUAUGUCUUUUACCAUCUUUUGAAUGUGACAUCUGUAAUUAACCCCAAAUUAUUUUCUUGUUAUUGCUCUAAGAAUGCUCAGUGCAUAAUUUUUUGUUACUGUUUGAUUUUACCCUGUAACUAUUUUUGAAGUCUGACAUCCAUUUGAUGUUGAUAACCAUAUGAAUUAGUGUGGUUUCUGAAUUUAUUAGUCUUUAAAAACUUUAUGAGAACAUCUUUUUUCUUAAAAUUAAAAAAAGAAUUCUCUUUUGAGAAGAGUGUAGGUUUUGUUGCCUCUUUCCUUCCUCCUGAUAUAGUUCCUUGUCAAUCUGAUAAUUAGUUUACAAACACAAUUAAAGUUGGAAUUUACCAAAUAUGAACUAUAUUUAUACUUUGGGCAUUUUACUUUUAGAUAGCUAUAAUAAUACAGUUUUUAUUAAGUCCUUUUGAGAAGGAAAAACUCAUAUUGGUGGAUAGAAUAUUAUCUUUAAUCACCACUGGAACUUUUCCUCUAGUGAUUAGAAUUUUAUUUUUAUUCCCAGAUUUCUAUUUGGGACCAAAAUUUAUUAAUUUUUCUUUGAAGUCUCAGAAACCUUGAUGUCAUUUGAAAGUUCCUAUACAGGCAAUGAUCCCAAAACUUAGGGAGUUGAAGGCUUUUCCUAUUUCCAUCUUAAAUGCAUUGCUUUGCUACCUGAAGUUACACAAACAAAUAAGUAAAUAGGAUGUUUUAUAUCCACACACGUGUCUACCUGUGUACAUGUUCAUACAUUUAUAUAAAUUAAAAAUACUUGGUAAAUAGGAAAGGAUCCCAUAUAUAGGUAUACACUUUAGAUGACCAGUAUCUUAAUCUCUAUUGGCACUUCAGAAUUGCUAUGUUUAUUGUAAGGCUUUGUCUUACUUAUAAUUUAAUGAGAUCUUUUAAGUCUAAUGUAAAAAACGGCUCUGCAUUACAUUCAAGUUUUAUUUAGGAAAAAUAGAAAAACAUUUUACCCAUUAGAAAGAGUUAUGAAAAUGAGAUACACAUUUCACUUAAAAAGUUGUUCACAUAGGCAUGGUAGUGUGCACCUGGGGCCCCAGCAUCAGGAGCUGGAGGUCAGGAAUUUGAAACUAGGCAUCUUUUGAAACUGAAACAGAAGAGAAAAAUUUCUCUUGUUUCAGUAGAAAUUUAGCACCUAUUUAGUUUGAAACACAUGUGUAUCUCAUGUAAUCAUCUGUAGUUUUUAUUCCUCAGGAAAGGUCCUAAAUUGCUUAUAACAUCAUGCCUUUAAUGUGUUUUAAAUGAUAAUUUAGUGUGGUAGAGAUUAAUAUUUUUGAUUUGUAUUAUGGGUAUUGGUGAAUAAAUAGUUAUAUUAAGAUAGUUUGAUAAUCUGAGGCCAGUAUUUCAGUUAGUCUUUGAUAUCAAAGUAAGUUAUGUGGAAUCUCACUAUUAAAAUUGAAGGUAAUAUAUCAGUUUGUCGUGGAUUGAAAACUAUGUUUGUUUUGUUUUAUUGGUGUUUCUUCCUUUCAACCCACGCAUAUCAGUACCUUUCUGAAGAGGAGGGAGAACAUAUUCUUUGAAUAAAUAAGUUACAUUAUUGGAGAUGUGGUUAAAGUUAUAGCUGCUUCUCUAAUUCCUACAUUGGCAGCGAUGCUGAUGGAGAUGAUGGGACUCAAUUACACAGACAAGCAGUGUGUAAUAAUCAUCAGUAAGAAUUCUUCUUGAAUGUUCAAGUUAUUUUGUGAUAUAGGAAACAUUUACUCCAAGGAAGUAGGAAUAUUUUCAAAGUAGGGAUAAUUUCUCUACUAUGAUUUUGAAACUUGUUUCUUUUUAUAUGAUCGCAGGUGGUCCCUAGGCUACUGUAGUCAUUAACCUAUCUUUUCAGCUAGCAAAAUUUAAAUUAGUGCAGAGGCCAUAAAGACAUCUGUUUUCUUAAAACUGUCCUCUUUAGAUAGUUUUUGAGAGGGAAAUAAUAAACAGAUUAAGAGAAAAGAAGAGCUUCCUCGGAUGAUUGAGUCAUAGGAAAUGCCAAGAAAAGGGCAUUUAAUUAUAACAGACUAAUUUUACAUCACAACAUUAUGUAACUACGCAAAAGGAUAAUAUGUGUUACAGCAAUAUUUUUUAAAUGUAUUGGAAUGAUCUGUAGUUUUAAAAUUUGAGUUCUGAAAAUAAAGAUGAUGGGGGUUCAUUUUCCUACAUACCUUUUUUUUUUAAGUAUUAACAAAAUUUACUUCAUUCCUAAGGAAAUUCCAGUUUAGAAAAAUUAACUUGAAACCAAGUUAAUUUUUGAUCAUAAAAACUGGGCCAGAUGCCUUACUGAUCAUCCUUCACAUCGAAUUUAGUGUGCAGACGGGCUCAUUUGAAAAUGUGUAGUAGCUCAAACCAGGGUCACUUGUGAUCAGGAAGACCUUUCCGUCUGAACAUGAACAAGCUCAAGGUACUCAUGAGCUUUACCUCUGCAGGGAUUUACACCUUUUAUAUACCUUAAGAUAAAUAUUCUGCCUUUCCCACUGUGUUGACAAAUAAUCAGUUUGUGUGGAUAGUUGGUUUUUAAAACUUAUUUUGCUCUAAAGCCAGGUAUUUAAAAACUGUAUGUUUCCUUGUUUCUAGGUUGCUUUUUCUCUACUGUCAUCUUUUUCCUAUCCUUAAUAUUGCUGAAUAUAUCCCCAAGUAGCAACCUUUGCCUAAUGUCCUCCUCUUGUAACUUGAUUACAGGAUAUUUUGUUGUGAAUUAGCAGUGAAAAUGUUUAAAUGUUUGUAAUUACAGUUUGUUUUUAAUUAUAACAAAGUCCCCUCUUCCCUUCUCUGAGUGUAUUGAUUUGGAAUGUAAUCUGUAUGGUAAAUCAUAACAUCUAAUGAAACACUGGAAAAGCUGAUUAAGACAAAACAUCUCAUGCCAUAGUUCUCUUGUUUGUAGCAACCAUAGUUCUCUUUUUUAAUAGCAACCAGUGCAGAUAAUCAUUACUGGAUAAACAUGUUGUUUUUGAGCCUAGAAAUGAGUGUCUGAUGGAAAUCACUUUUCUGCAAUCCUCAGGGAAAGAUAUUUUGUCCCUUAUACACUUGGAAUAAAUAUAGGUAAUUACUAAGCACUCUGGGAAUGUGACCUUAAAGCUGUAUACAGAAGGUGAAGACUUGGCAUUUUUCAGAAGGAAAGUAAAUUUUUGCACAGUUCGUAAUGUGGGUAAAGUGGUGACAAAUUAUAGUGGUUUUGUUUAGCCUUAAGCUGACAUUUUUUUUGAUAACCAGCCAGUGAAAGGUCCCUAGUUUCUUACUUGUCCCCAGUUUUCAGUUGUAAUCAUUACUGCAGAAACCUUGGGGUGGAGAAAUGUCUUGCCUGCAUUUUGAUUAGCUAGGUAGAUUUGGAAAUAAGUGUGUUCUAAUUAAAAACAGAUUGGCACUUUAAAAAAUACA